UUCUUUGUUCUGGAUGUGGUGAUCAACUUCCGCCGACUGAACGAAAGAGACCUGCUGACCCAGCUGCAGAAGAUUGUGAAGAUGGCUGACAGUGAGGAAGAGCGUCUCCCAUCCAUAGGUCUCCUCACUUCAGAUGGACGGACCGAGUGGGCCGAGGCCCGCAGUGUCCUGAUGAGAGAAUCAACCAACAGGGACUCCCUGGACAUGAUAGAGCGCUGCCUGUGCCUGGUCUGCCUGGACGAAGCCACUGGUCCUCUGCUGAGUGACACCACCUGUGCCACGGUGAUGCUGCACGGAGGCGGAGCCACCAAGAAUGGAGGCAACCGCUGGUACGACAAGCCGAUGCAG